UCAAAUAACACCUCAUCUCAACAACUCCACAGAUUUUCACAUUCUUCAAUCAUCUGAACUUUAAUUAGUUAUUCAACAAAUUCUGUCACCCCAAGAAUUUGAUGAUGGAAUCAGCAUGUUGUUUUUGCUUCUUCUCCAGCAAGAAGAGUGUUGUUGAUGGAAGGAAUGGCAGAAGCAGUUCAAAAGACGUUCAGUGGGAAAAGAAUGAUGAGAUGCUAUCUGACAGAAGCACGUUUUCUGUGAAAGAACAAGAAAAGAGAUUGAAGAAAGCUUUGGAAGAGGAAGAAAAGGUUAGCAAGGAAGCAGAGAGGGUUGUCCAAUGGGUCAAGCAGGAAUCAGCAAAAAUUCAUCUUUCUGCAGUCAAAACAGUUCUUAAUGAACCCCAAAAAGAAUCAAAUGUUGUGUAAAAGAUAAUUGUCACUUUCUUUGUUCAUUCCUUUUCAGAAAUUAUUGUACAUGUUUCAUAGUAUUAUGGUUUCUUUGUUGGGUGCCUUAAUUUUCAUUUUAGAUCAAUUUUUGUGUCAUACAUAGCUGAGAUUUGUCAAGUUUAAAUUGGAUCGUUUAAUAAUUUCUGGUUUCUUUAGCUUCAAGUUAUGAAUCAUUGGUAUUGUAGAAGGAACUGUUGAAGAAAAUAUGCCUGUUGACUUUGUCCACAAAGGACUGUGUUGGACUUUUCAAGAGAAAAAUCUAUAUGCAUGAAGAAUUGAAAUUAGA